AUGAAGUCCAUAUUCCGCAAAAAUAGGCGCUCGGUGGCAUUGUCCCACAAGGACGAUCUGGACUCACGGCUAGAGUCCCACGAUAACCUGGACUCCCGCCUGGCUGGCUCCAAGGCUAAUAAUCCGCUCCGUUCCUUGGUUAUCCCAGCAUAUGACUCCGUUUCUGUCAAACACGCAUGGAUCAACGCCGCCAUCAACCAGCCCUCUCCUUUGGAACUGCCGGAAACGUCCUUCCGGUUGUACAGAGCCGAGCUCAAGGGCUCCGUUUUGCAUCUCUACAGGCCACCCUCCCUGCUCAAUGCUCGUCUGUUUCGUGUCGGCACGUCCGACCGUUCUGAUGGUGCCCUGCUUCACCAGGUUCCUUCACUGGCUCAGUCGACAAGCACAGCCGUGUCCUCAGGAAAUGGCAAGUCGACACAGGGUCGUCGUUUUCUCCCGUUGCAAGGCUCUGAUUCAGCCUCUGUGGCAGAUACGACUUCCUCCUCGAUAACCGGACCGCUUGGGUCGACGAAGAUGGCGUCCUCGGCACUGUUGAACACUGCCACUGGUUCUAUUGCACCAAAAUCCACAGCAUCCGCCAACACCAUCGUGCCCACCAUCCAGGACGCCAAUACUUCCCCUGGCAGCAUUUCUUACCUAGACCGCCAGACCCCUCAUCCAGACUUGCGUUACGACUCCCCGUCUAAUACCUUCUUAUCCAACAACUCCCCCGAGGCCUUGGUACAUCACUUCCUUUUCGCAGAAAACAACCCUGCUACAGCGAUUCCUGACCAUGAUCCAGUGGCUCAUUUAAUAGUCGUGUUUCCAAUGCUUCCAAACUUCAGUGAAAUCCUCUCCACCCUACACGCUAUGCUCAGCGCCAUAUUCGAUGGGGCAUUUGGCAAUUUCUCGUCAUACAAGCAGUUCACGGACCGCCUGCUUGCGCUCUUUGACCAUGUGGUUGCCCACUUUGGCGGUUUCAUAUUGAAGAAAGCCGAAGGGUCGAUGAUGCUCAAAACUUUGCUGCUCUUCGAUCAGCAUCCUUCCUCAGUGUCGCCCACCCUUCUUGCAUCUGUCAAAUCCAAGAUGUUGACCAAGCAGCAAGAUCUUCUUGCCCUCGUCAAUUUCAAAGAUCUUGCGACUUCCUCACAACCUCCAGACCCAUUCAUAGAAAUAAGCUCAUCUGUUUUUAUGAACGAUGUGAAUCUCUUUGACUUCGCUGCGCUCAUAACAGAAAUUGAUUUGCAUUUCUUCAAGUCGUGGAACUCAAGCACAGACAAGGCCCUCCUUUUAUCUUCCCUGGUGGCCAACAGCAAUACUGGCGAUACAUUCUUCCGCAAAAACCCAUUGGUCUUCAACAACGAUACUCAUGUGCAUUAUUUGGCUAGGCUUCUCCUUUUUCAUUUGUUUGCUGAGGACACAAGCAGUAAGACGCCACAGCGCAGAGCACGUAUCCUUGAACGCUGGAUCGACUUGGGAUGUCUUUUGGACAAAUCGGGAAAUAUGUCUUCCUGGUUGGGAAUUGCUUCCAUAGUGUUAUCCCAACCUCUCUUACGCUUACGCACGGUCUGGUCGUAUGUCAAUCAGGAUUAUAUUAAGCUUCUUAGAAAUGAUUGGUCUCCGGUACUUUUUGAACUUGACCGUCGGUACUUGGCAACGAGCAACGAAAGCAUUGACUUCGGAAGAUCCAGCUCUGUGUUAUACGGAGAAGAGAACAACGAUCUUCUGACUUCGAAAGAGUCUUACCAUAUCAUGGCACCUCGUGGAUUAGGUAAAAUCUAUUCAAAAGACACUGUAAUUCCUUACUUCGGUGAUCUCUUGAUCAACAAUAUACCACAUGGGGAUGUCUCGAAUCUUGAGAUAGUCUGGAAGAAAGUCAACUACUCCUUCGAUAGGUGGAACGACUACUUGAAGAAUCUCACUAAUCUGGCCGACAUCAUCAAUUACAAUCAAGACGUUCUUCGCAGGUACAACUCUAUGGGUUUUAUCGUUUCAAAUGAGAGUCUUAAUCAAGUGCUCUAUCUAGGAGCAAACAAGGAGGAAAAGAGUAUACCAUCAUCUGUGCCUGUGACAUCUCCUUCCGAAAGCAAAUCUUCAGACACCUUUUCGGCUCAUACUAAAGAAAAGCUACGAAAAGUUCUUUUGCGUUUGCUUGAGCUCAACGAGGAUCCUACUGGGCUCUCAAACAUCAUGAGCAACUCAUUGAAAAUGGAACCCAAUCUUCCUGAAAAAUAUCUAAGACCAUCCGAAGCCGAGCAAACCUCUCACGGCUCUGUUCAAAAGCUUCAGCACAUGAAUUUGAGCUCGUCAAAUCUUUCAGUUACGUCUUCUUCGUCCGGAAUCUCGGCAGGCUACCCAAACGCCGAUUUACCUGAGCACGAGACUAUGUCACCAUUUGGCGGAACCAUUAAGGAAACUCCAGCAGAAGAGAAGUUACCAGCAUUCAACAACAAUCAUUUCAAAAUUGAUUUACUGAACUAUGAUGACCUUGUUGCAAGUCAACCAGGACUCCCGGACAGUCCAGUCGAUGGGAAUCACAGAAUUGUCAUCAAUAACGAUUUGACGCUCAGAGUCGACGAUUUUGUCGCUGAUUUCGACCUUGUAUCGUCAGUUUCAUCAGCAGACAGAACGGAAGAGGACAAAUUAGAGACAGAGGAUGAAGGACUUGGUAUUGAUGUAGAUGACAUCUUAAAUUCGGAGAAGUUCAAAAACCUCUCGCUUCAAGAAGAUCAUCGUGACGAACAACCGGCUUCAGCGAAGGAAAAGAGGCAUCGCAGUUUUGGUCUAGUUUCGAACUACUCCAAUAACAGGGCAAGCCAGCUGAGAUCCACGAAAUUCAUUCCUCGAUUUGCACCUGUUGACACUUUAAUCGAUUUGAUGCUAAUUGAUUCUGUCUAUUUUGAUGAGAGAUACCCAAUUGAGUUAAGCGAAUUUCGUUUCGUGUUCUUGUUGAACUACAGCUCGUUCAUGUCCACAAAAGACCUCCUUGAUAACUUGGCACAUAGAUUCGUCCACUCUGGUAAUGCUGUUAUUUCCAUCAUGAAGAAGCAGCACCUCAUAAGGAAAGGUGAAUAUAAUCCAGUCACCUUUGGGAAGUUCCCCAACUGGAAUGUUGAUGAAGAUGUGAAGUUGGCUGAAUUGGGUGAUGUUGACUACGAGCUCCUUCUCAAAAUUCAAGUGAAUAUUUUGAAGGCCCUCCUUGUACUUCUCAAUAACUUCUAUGCAAAUUUUGCCCACGACUUGACAAACAAGAGGACUAUGAUCAAAUUCUUCAAGCUUUACACUAACGAGAUAUUGCAGUGGUACAACUCAAACAAGAUUGACAAACAAUUGGACAAGUAUUUUGAAGAGUUAGUCAACUACUAUAAGAAGCUCAAGAAAAUGUUUGUCAAGAAGACUUACAGACCUGUGGAAGUGCUGAAAUUUGAUGAAUUCUUGACGCACGAAUUCAGGUUCUCGAAUGUCCUUCACGACGUUCCUAUGAACCGUAAUCUUCCAAGUCAUAAAAACGUGCACAAGAUUGAGAAGUUUAUUCACAAAUUCAACAAGCUUCUUACACUUUUCUAUAAAGGGAUUAAGCCGGAAGAUUGGUUCAGGGCUUUCAACAUCCUCGAGAAUCAAUUUGAGAAUUAUUCUCUUUUGAAUUACUCGAUUCCCAAAAAUUCAGCAGAAGAGCAGAUAUACGUUUCUAACAUUUUUAGCUACUUUGAUAGCUUGAGAGACGGUGCGGAUAACGAGAUAUUGAUGAGCAAAUUCCCUUUAGUCUUCCGCAAGCUUUUCAGAUUGUACCACAAGUUUAAGUGUUACCUUUACAUACAGCUUUGUGACCCUAAUAUAGCUCUUGAGGAGAGAUUGGAUCGGAUGAAGACAUUGUUGAUUAUGGUGAAAAUUUCUCAGUUGAAGAUGGGCGAGAGUCAGUUUGUAUUUGAGGGCGACUCUGGCAGUAUCCCCUCAUGUAUCGAAAGUGCAAUCGUCAACGUCAUCUAUCACCCAGCCAGCCGCCAGUUAGGACCACUUUGGGCCAAAGCGUCAAACUCGCUCAAUGCUGGCAUAUCUGAGAGUGCAUCUCAUGGAGUCUUCAAAGAUAUCAACGACCUUCUUCCGCGUGGUAUCAAGAGCAGUGAUAUGCUCAUGGUACAAGAGCCUCUUUUGCCUUGCUUUGGAUGGAUUUUUGAGCUUCUUCUUGAGGUCAACAAAUGUCCGAACUUCUACAACACAAGUAUCAACUUUAAUAAGAGAUACCUCAUUUACAAGUUGAUCAAGGAGCUCAGUGUCGAAGACAUGGAUGACACCCAUCUCGAAGCUGGUGAAUUUGACUUCUUGUUGAAGCUUGAUGAGUCGCUUUGCCAGUCUAUCAAGAUCGCCGAUAUCGUUCCGAAUGACCGUCACAAGUGGGAUGUUUUCGGUCCUAUUUUGAAGCUUCAACAACUGAUAAAUGAAGCUGAGUUAGCCAAAACUGAUGGUAGGAUCGUGAAGAAUUUGUCAGGCGAUCAAAAUCCACGUACCAAGAAACUGGCGAGCAGUUUAAGGCGUCAAUCAUUGAACUACAAGACGAAUGCUUCCUCGAGGUUCAAGAUAAGCGGUUUAUUUAACAGACUCAACAGUGCUGGAGGUGAAAAAGUGGUUGAUUAUUGGGAGUUGCCGGAUCCCAGCUCAGUGGUGGACGCGAAGUCUAAGCCCUUGCACUCUAUGCUUCUUAAAGAUUACAAGAUCUUCCCUGUUUAUCUCCUCCCCAACUGUCUUAAAGUUGACUCAGAUAGUGGCGAUGUUCUUUAUCUCAGAACUCCUGAUGAGGAAGAGAUGAGGGAUUGGUCAAACAAGUUGGCGUUUGCAAACAGACAUUGGUUCCAUUCGAGGUUACUCAACUACAAAUGUACCUCCUCCAUGAUCACGUUCAGCUUGCCCCUUGAAACCAUAUGCUCGAGGGACAGAUCCAGAUCCCCACUUUUCCUUGACUUAAUCUAUGAAGCUAUCGAGAGUGAGGGACUUCAUGAUGUUGGUAUUUAUCGUAUCAGUACCUCGAUUUCGGAGCUCUCAGCCUUGAAGCAAGAGAUCGACAGAACCGGUACCGUUGACCUUCAGGCUAGACAUAUUGAUGUACAUGCCCUCACCAGUUGCGUCAAGCUGUACUUUAGAGAGUUACCCGAUGCAAUUUUGACUGAUGAUGUGAUCAGAGAAUUGUUUCAACUCAAGGCAGACAACGAGUUGCUUUCAGAGGCAAUGACGGAGAAUGGCUUUUUCGCAGAGCCAUACUCAUUUGUCUUGAAAAAGUUACCUCGUCACAACUUCUACACUCUCAGAAGCUUGAUUCGUCACCUUAGCCGGGUCGCAAGUCAAAGUGAACACAACAAAAUGACAGCCUCGAACUUAGCAACAGUGAUAGGACCAGCUUUAACAGAAGCAAGCUCCGCAGAAGCGCUUGUUAGCAACUUCGGGUUCAUCAAUUUUGUCUUGGAAAAGCUCAUCGAUAAUUGGGAUGCAAUUUUCAACCAUUCUAACGAGGAGAAUUGA